AUGCCCUUCGUUAACCCACCCCCUGCUCCUCAACAUGCCCUUCUCACCUUUCCAGCUCCGCAUGUCCUACUAGUAACCCUUAAUCGACCUCGCGAUCUCAACUGCAUCAAUUCACAAGGUCAUGUAGACCUGCAUGGGGUUUGGGAGUGGAUGGACGAGGAGCCGAGUUUGAGAGUGGGUGUUAUCACCGGGACAGGGAGAGCGUUCUGCGCCGGUGCCGAUUUGAAAGAAUGGAAUGACAACGCUGGCUCCAAGAGCCGUAGCCCCAUGCCCAACAGCGGCUUCGGAGGCCUCGCCCGAAGAAAGGGCAAAAAGCCCGUAAUUGCCGCGGUGAAUGGUCUCUGUUUCGGUGGUGGCUCGGAAAUGAUCAUCAACUGCGACUUGGUCAUUGCGUCUUCUCGCAGUGUCUUUGGGUUACCGGAAGUGAAGCGGGGUGUGGUCGCUCUCGCAGGUGCACUGCCGCGUCUUGUCCGUACAGUUGGGAAGCAGCGUGCGAUGGAGAUGGCGCUUACGGGUCGGAAUGUUCUUCCUAAUGAGGCGGAGAGAUGGGGGCUUGUGAAUGAGGUUGUGGACGUGGGGGGUAAGGACGUUUCGCUUGAAGAGGGAAACCAGAUCAUUGUGGAGCGUGCACUAGCUAUUGCUAUCAUUAUUGCUGGUAAUAGCCCUGAUUCGGUGCUGGUCAGUCGGGAGGGGAUUAAGCUUGGUUGGGAGGGCAUCGGGGCGGAUGAGGCGACGGGGAUGUUGUCCGAGACUUGGGUUAAGAGAUUGUAUGAGGGGGAGAAUAUUAAGGAGGGGUUGCAGGCUUUUGUGGAGAAGAGGGCGCCUGUUUGGAAGGAUAGUAAGCUAUGA